AUGCAUCUCAUGCAUACAUUGAAGAGUUGCUUGAGAGAUUUCGCGCAGACGUUUAAGAACAAGAACCCCAGCGCGAUUUUUGCAAAAGGCUCGAUCCAGAUGCACUACUGUGCAUGGCCCAUGCCGGCGAUCAAGAGUCUCGGCAGGACGGGGCUCGAUUUCGUGACGUGGGAAGGAUGUGUGUACCGCUGGAAUGCAAUGCGGAUGUUUUGCGAUGAGUUUGAACUGAGCACUCACUAA